AUGGACCUCACCAGUGGGAAUCGUCUCCAGGAAGUCAGAGAAACCCAGAUUCUGUAUGGAUUACAGAAGAACAUCAAGACUUAUACAGAUGCCUAUCCCAUCCCCACCAUUCAGGACAUCUUGGAAUCCCUGGCAGGAGCCACAGUGUUCGCUGCCCUGGACCCGAACAGCAGAUACUUGCAGGACAUUUUCACCAGGUGGGGUAUACCAGAUUCCAUCCUCUCGGACCACGGCUCCCAGUUUGUGUCCUCCAUCUUCCAAGCCUCCUGCAGAACAUGGAAUGUGUCGCACAAAUUAACAUCUGCCUACCACCCUCAGACCCUAAAGCCCAUGAUAGCCUCUUUUGUUGGUUCCCAGCACAAGCAUCGGGUCAGAGACCUUCCUGAGUUCAGGUUUGCUCUGAACUCAGCCGUCCAUGAAUCCACAGGAGAUGUGGUGGACAUCUACCAGAGGGAGUUCCUGGCUCUGAGGGAACGUCUGCACUCGGCUGAGCAGGAGAACCUGCGGCGGUCCAAAGAGCUGAACCUGGUUCUGGAGGAGAUAAAGAGGGCCAUCGCUGAGAAGCAGGCGCUGCGAGACAUCAACCGCACCUGGAGCAGCCUCUCAGAGGAGACCAGGUUGAAGCUGUGGAACGUCAGCAGCAGUAAAAACGUCCUGCAGCUUCCCUCCAUCUUCCAUCACCUCCCUCACCUGCUCAACAGAGAGGACAGCCUGCAGCCGGCCGUGCACCUGGGACAGGGACGCACCGGAGUCUCCAUAGUGAUGGGGGUUCCCAGCGUAAAGAGGGAGGUCCACUCCUACCUGACCGACACGCUGAGCUCACUGAUGUCGGAGCUCAGCGCCACCGAGAAGGACGACUGCGUCAUCGUGGUCCUCAUCGCCGAGGCCGACCAGCAGUAUGCCAGCAGUGUAGCAGACAACCUGAAGCGCCUUUUUCCAGCAGAGAUCCAGUCGGGCCUGCUGGAGGUCGUCUCUCCGUCCGUCCACUUCUACCCCGACUUCUCCCGACUCCGAGAGUCCUUCGGAGAUCCAAAGGAGAGAGUCAGGUGGAGGACGAAGCAGAACCUAGACUACUGUUUCCUGAUGAUGUACGCUCAGACUAAAGGAACCUACUACGUCCAGCUGGAGGACGACAUCGUCGCCCGACCAAACUACUUCACCACCAUGAAGAACUUUGCCUUGCAGCAGCCGUCGGAGGAGUGGAUGAUCCUGGAGUUCUCUCAGCUCGGGUUCAUCGGGAAGAUGUUCAAGUCUCUGGACCUGUCGCUCAUCGUCGAGUUCAUGCUGAUGUUCUACAAAGACAAACCCAUCGACUGGCUGCUCGACCACAUCAUGUGGGUCAAAGUGUGCAACCCGGAGAAGGACGCGAAACACUGUGACCGGCAGAAAGCCAACCUGAGGAUUCGCUUCAAGCCAUCGCUCUUCCAGCAUGUCGGGACGCACUCGUCUCUGGCCGGAAAGAUCCAGAAGCUCAAGGACAAAGACUUUGGGAAGCAGACGCUCCAUAAGGGCCACGCCAACCCGCUGGCCGAGGUCACCACCAGCCUGAAGACCUACCAGCACUUCACGCUGGAGAAGGCCUACCUGGGGGAGGACUUCUUCUGGGCGUUCACUCCUGUGGCCGGAGACUUCAUCCGGAUACGUUUCUUCACACCGGUCCGCAUCGAGAGGUUUUUCUUUCGCAGCGGAAACAUCGAACAUCCAGGAGACAAACUGUUCAACACGUCGGUGGAGGUUCUGCCCUUUGAUGUGAGUCUCAGACCAGGAUUUUCCUAA